AUGGAAGUAAAGAGGACAAUUGGACGUGGCCGUGGAAGAAUCAGUUCUAAAGUUUGCGUGGCCGAUAUCUUUAUCUACCUCAGCGUGUCUAGCCACUAG